GCCCCGGCCCCGCCGCCGCUCGCAGCGCCCGAGCCGCCGGCGGAGCGAAGGUGCCGCCGAGCGCGGCCCGCCGGGCGCCGCGGCCUGCGGGCGCCGCUGGUUGGCGGCGGGGGGACACGUGAGCCGGGAGGCGGCGGCAGCAGCGGCGGCGGCGGCGGAAGCGGCAGCGGGAGAUUCCCCGACAGCUGGAGGUUGCGGCGGCGGCUCCUCCUCCCCGGGUCCCCGCUGGAGCCCAGAGACCCCCCGCGCUCCUCCUUAUUGACAAACGCACAAAGGGCCGCGCCGGGGCCGGGCCGGGACGCGUCUGGAGCCGGCAUGGGAGACAAGAAGAGCCCGACCAGGCCGAAGCGGCAGCCGAAACCCUCCUCGGACGAGGGGUACUGGGACUGCAGCGUCUGCACCUUCCGCAACAGCGCCGAGGCCUUCAAGUGCUUGAUGUGCGACGUGAGGAAGGGCACCUCCACACGGAAACCUCGACCUGUCUCUCAGCUGGUUGCACAACAGGUUCCUCAGCAAUUUGUGCCCCCUACACAAUCAAAGAAAGAGAAAAAAGACAAAGUAGAAAAGGAAAAAAGUGAAAAGGAAACAACAAGCAAAAAGAACAGUCAUAAGAAAACCAGGCCAAGGUUGAAAAAUGUGGAUCGAAGUAGUGCUCAGCAUUUGGAAGUUACCGUUGGAGAUCUGACAGUCAUUAUUACAGACUUUAAGGAGAAAACUAAGUCACCACCUGCUUCCAGUGCUGCUUCUGCAGAUCAACACAGUCAGAGUGGUUCUAGCUCUGACAACACAGAGAGGGGAAUGUCCAGGUCAUCUUCACCCAGAGGAGAAGCAUCAUCACUGAAUGGGGAAUCUCAUUAAAGUUUAUUUCUUCCAGUUUCUUUAGCCUCUUCAAAACAUGCAAAUACAUCAGUUCUGUCACCUGUUACCACAUUUUCAUGACAGAUUAGUUGUGCAUAAUUGGUAUUUCAACUGGAACAUAAUGCAGUUUAAAAAAAAGAAAAAAGUGCAGUGGUGGAAACAAUAACAGCAUGAAGCUGAAUCAGGGGAGGUUUAGGUUUCUCACCCAGAGGGUGGUUGGGCACUGGAACAGGCUCCCCAGGGAAGUGGUCACAGUACCAGCCUGACAGAGUUCAAGAAGUAUUUGGACAAUGCUGUCAGGCACUGUAGUGUGACUUGGGGCUGUCUUGUGCAGGGCCAGAAUUUUGAUUCAAUGAUCCUUUUGGGUCCCUUCCAACUCAGCUCAUUCUGUGAUUCUGUAGUAAUUUAAAUGCUAUCUGCAAAUGCUUAUGAAGCAUCUUCAGACCAACUUUUUAAUCUACAUGUGUAAGGGUGCCAUGAAAAUGUGGUUUGAAUGUUCAUUAUGCAGUGUUAUUGAUAUGUCCAUUUUCACUUUCAGUUUAGUGAAUUCUAACACAACUCUUGGAGUCUCUACUAUUGGCAUGUACUGAAUUUAAAUUUUUAUUACAUAGUUCAAGCUGCCUAAAUAUGUAUUAUUUGAGAAUUGUGAAACAUAGUUAUAUGUAUGCAAGUCAAAGAUCAACUUAAUCAAUUAUUGCUGCAACAGAAUUUUCAUAAUGAUUAUCUUAUUAAAAACACCUGCUGGUACUUGGUGUGGUUAAAUAGGAAAAAUGUUAUUAAAGAAAACAUUUGUAUGGAUUUUUGCCAAUGUUUGACACAUUUUACUAGAUUACUGUUACUGAAUUAUGUUGAUGGUUUUACCAAUAUUUUUUGACACUUAAAACACUUAUUGUAAUGUUUACAAGCAAAAUAGAAAACACAUUUUAAGCAUUGAUUAGUUAACUUUGCAAUUCAGGUAAAGUACUGCAUUGUCGCUGUACACUGGUAUUUUGUGUUGUGUAACAAAUACUGAACCUCAGAUGGUGAUGCAUUUGGCAAAAGCUAUUUGGAAAUAUGAAAGUUUGGAAAAGCUUUAAAAAGAACAGAACUGCAGUUCUCAUUUCUGCUUAGUGCUGUUUCCCUGCCCCAGAUUUUUCUAGUGUCACAUAGUCACUUAUCGUUUCAGUACAGGAAUAUCAGAAUAAGGAAAUAACUUUUUGUUUGUUUGUUCUUGAGUCAGUUUCUUUAAUAUUGAAUUGGCCUAUUAGAAUAUAUUAAGGCAUAAAUCAUUUGAAAAAGACUCAGUAUCCUACUUUAUGGCAUAAGCUGUCAACAUUUACGCACUUAGCAAUAUACUGAUAAAGAGCAGAACUAUUUACAAUACCAUCUGGUAUUAUGUGAAAUUACCAAUAAAAUAUUUUUGUGAAUACAGAUUUUGCAUUUUUGUUUACAACCAAUAAGUGUUUUGAUACAUACAUAUGAUUCAUGUAUAGGUUUUAAAUUCUAUAUUCUGGUUCAGUACAAAAGUCCAUUUAGCUCCUUUUAGUGACGUAGGGCACUUACACUCCUGUGAGCCUUUUCUUUCUCAUUCAAAGUAAAUAUAUUUUUAAGCCUAUGUGGAAGUUGGAUGGACCUUCUUGGUAGUGAAUCCAGCCCCAAAUUAUUACCCAUAUAUGAUACGUCCUCUGAACGGCUAAAACAAUGGAUUUUUGUAGCCCCUGACAAUUGUGAUGUUUGGUGGUAUCUUGUAGUAAUGUAUUUUUCUGUUUUUAAUGCAGUACUUCUACAGGCACAAUGGUACUGUUCUAUUUUGUAAGAUGCUAGUUGUGAAAUACAGUUAGUUGCAUAAAAUGAGAGUCUGAUGUGAUAUCUGAGAACAUACAUACCUCAUUCCUUGGUGUUGCUGUUUAAAUUUUUUAGACAUCAAAUGUUAAUUAUAGGCUAUUUCAGAUGACUAACUACUGACCUGUUUAUUAUGUAUUCUGCUUUAUCUUACUAAGUAGGAUGUCUGUUUAUUGCUGUUACUUGGCCAAAUUUAGUAUCUGUAAAACUAUGCUUUUUAUGGUUCUUAAAUGUUUUUGGGGCCGGGCUAGUGUUCAGAAUAACAUACACUAGUUUUUAAAAGGAAAAUACCUGCUUCUCCACUUUAUUUUUUUUAUAUUUUAUUUUUAGGUGGGACUAUUUGCAGAAUACACUGAUGUAGUGAGUUACAAAAGAGCUGAAACUGUUUAAAGUAAGCAGUUUAAGGAUAAUAAAUCUCAUUGCAAGAAGUUUUAUGAAAUGCGUUUAUAAUUUGAAAUUUAAUGAAUGCUAACACAUUUCAGAAUUCCUUGCAAAGAAAUAAUAAUCUAUUACCAGUAAUUCACUAAAUGGAAAAUGUAUUUUUAUUUAAGUUUAUGUGAAUAAACCACCCAGCACUGCCAACAAAAGGACUCUAUCUUCAGAAUUAAGUAGUCAUUUGUUUUGAAAGGAAGGAUGGAGUGGAUUUGACUAUGAUUCAACUGUGUCUAGAGAAUAAUCUCAAAAAUGUGAUGUAAGUACAGUUACCAAAAAGAAUGCAAAAAGUCUCUCUGUUCUUUAUGGAACAAGACAUUGAAGAGCAAUUUCUACUACAGGUGCUACAGAAGUCAGUUAGGAUCUUAAAAGCUGUGGUGGUUUUAAUUGAACUAUUAGGUUGCCAGGGUUUCAUUGCAAUGAUGCUUGCUUUAGCAUUAAGCAAAGUUAAGUUUUUGCCUGUUGGUGAUUACAGGUAUAUGACAAUUCUGACAGCAGAGUAGAUAAAUUCUAAGCAAAAUACUGCAUUUUACUGUGUUCAUAAUAUAAUUUAAAUGAACUUCACUUUCAUAAUUUCUAAAUAAUUUUUACUUGUAGUAAUCCUAAGUCCUUUUUUCUAACUGUAAAUAUAUUUAAAAGCAUCUUUACUCCAUUUAUAAAAAGUGAAAAUUU